AAUGCAAAAUUUGGAGAAACCGUAGGUGGAAUGAAAAUAGUGUCUUCAAUUUUAAAAAAAUAUGAUGGAUUUCUCUAAAAACAGAAAGUUAAACUGUGUUUCUACAUGAAAGUAUGACAACAAAGUAAAGCCUCAAAAAUUGUGAAUUUUAAUUUCUAUGUCUUUAAUGGGGCAUAGAAUUGUAUUAUAUCUCUAAUUGUUGCUAUGGCAGGCCCCAACAAUUGUGUUUUUAAAAAUGUACACAAAUACACUUAAAAUGUUUAUUUUUGAACAGCUGCUAGGUUAUUAUGCGUCCGCAUGAUGCCAAAAUGAUUUCAUUCAAAUAUCAGCACUUAAGAUAUCCCUUAGCAGACAUUUGAAAACCCACUUUCCAUAUAUUACGGCGAUAGAGAAGUACUUGCUUAAAUUUAUUACAGUUUUUGAGAUACUUUGCUCAGUAAGUGUGAAGAUGUUUUCCUGCAUUUGGAAAAAACAAAAGAAAAGCCCUCCAGGGGAUGUACGCUCUGGAGAUGGUGAUAGCUCAAGUCUGCAGAAGAGGCUACAGAGAGAGGCAUGGUCUCCCAUUUCCACCACAACCCCUGAUACCAGCGAGGCUCCCAGGACUAGAAAAACCUCCUUCUGGCGUCGUUGGUCUCUUCAUAACAAGAUAAGCCCUCAAAGUGAUGUACGCUCUGGGAAUGGCGAAAGCUUAAGUCUUCAGAAGAGCAGCCAGCAGACAGAUGAACCAUCUCCUUCUACCAUCACAACCAGCGAGGCUCCUAGAACUAGAAAAACCUCCUACUGGAAUUGUUGGCGUCUUCAUAACAAGAAAAAGCAGAGCCAUCUCCAACAAGAUGUGGACGGGGUAACAAUCGGUUCACCCUCAGUGACAGAAAGGAGUUGUUGCACAAGUGAGAAGUCUCAGGGAGGAGAGACUGGUGUCCAGUUCAGGGCCUCACCUGUUCGUGACAGUCCUGUCUCUGCUGACCAUGAGCCGCAUCUCCAAGCAGUCCAACAAUGCUCCACCACUAUACAAUGCACUGGUGAUUUUGGGGAUGUUGAAGAUGGAGGACUGGAUGGUUCUCUUGCAUCUUCCAGAGAUGGAGACUCCCAAACUAGCCAGAGCAGCAGAGUGGAAGAGACUGUCUUGUCCUCUACUGCCACAGCACAGAUCAUAAACAACGAAGAGGACUGCAAAGAAAGAGAGGUUGAUGUCCAAGACAACAUCCAACCUGCGUCUGAAAGUCAAGACAUAAUAGAAAAGACUCCUGAGAAAGAAUGGUAUGAAAACUGUCUAGUCUGGAUUCAGGAUGUUUGAAUAGAAUCAUGCAUAUGCACUUACACACUUAGUAUUUUUUUUCUAUUUUUCUGUUGACAAUUUCUCUGUUUCAACACUCAAUAACUUAUAUAUUUGUCCUCCCUUAACCAUCACAAAAUAGUCUGCUGCAGAAUUAAAAACUAGGUACUUGGCAUAUUAUGGUCUGCAUGUUUACGUUUUAAGAAUGUUGUGUAAUUACAGACGUCUGAAUGUAUUUGCGUUCUCUUUCCAGCCCUUGAAGAGCUAACGCACCUGCCAUCAGGGCUGCAAAAUUGACCGCAGCAAGCAUUGCCAAAAAUUAUUACAUUGGCUUGCAAAAUAAUUCACAUUUCUUUAACUUUUCCACAUAUAGUCACAUUACAACCAAAAAUACAAAUACAUUUUAUUGGAGUCUUAUGUGAAAGAAAAAGGGGUAUACAACUGUGAUGUAGCAAGAAACUAAUACAUGGUCUCUAUUUUUAACAAAUAAAAAACUGAAAAGAGCAACGUGCAAAAGUAUUCAGCACCCCCCAGUAAAUAUUUCUUGGAACCGCGUUGUGCUGUAAUUACAGCUGCAAGUCUCUACCAGUUUUCCACGUCUUGUGACUGAAAUUUUUGGCCAUUCUUCUUUGCAAAUCAGUUCAAGCACAGUCAGAUUAGAUGCAGAGCGUUUGUGAAUAGCAGUUUUCAGACCUUAUCA